AUGGGUUUCUCGUCUCGCCGCAACACGUUGGACGUGCUGAGUCGACGAGCCAUGUCGGGACCGAUCGAGAGAUCCCCAGCAUGCAUCCCAUUUUCCUUCUCCCGCAGCAAUGUGCUUCCCAGCCCGCUGGAGCCUUCCGCGUCGCUUCCGGCAUCGUUCCGCACGACGAGCGCACAUCCUGCAGCAGCGAUCCCCCUCGCGACUGCGUUAAGCGAUACUUGCGCUAAUUCUGUCGCACAUGCGACUGUCAGUCGUCGUCCGCUGAGUCAGCGGAGCGGUCCUAUUUCGCAGCCGUUCACCGAAGCUCAUAGAUCGCUGUACCGCAGAUCGCCAGUCGCGGUUUCAAAUCCUAUUGUUAGCGACUUUGACGGUUUAUCCCGUAAAUCCAUGUCAGGACCCAUCAACCCCUCGGCAUCAGCGUCGAUUUCGCAAUCCUUUCUCCCUGCCGAUUCCACCCAAUCUGGGCCCAUAAGUUUCUCUUCGCAUCUUGGGAGGAACGGAUCUCGACCGUCCGCGGCAUCGUCUGGUUCGGAGCAGCCAUUGGGCCGUUCACAAGGUCGGCGUGUUCGUUUCGCUGACGAAGAGCUGUCGGGGGACGUCAGGGCUGACGUGCGAUGCGGUUCGUUCUCCGCGUUUCGAGAAUGUUCCGCGCUUCGCAAUGCUGCCGCGCAGCCCCCAAUUCAAUGUCGAUUGCCGGGGCCAUUUCAGCUCAUCACGACUGGCGCUCCCAUGGAUGUGGCGGCUUCAACUCAAGGGGUCAACAAAAAGGCCGUAGCAGUUGAGGAUAAGGAAACAUUUGCCUUUCAGGCUGAAAUCAACCAGCUGCUGAGUCUCAUCAUCAACACCUUCUACAGCAACAAGGAGAUCUUCCUUCGCGAGCUCAUCAGCAACUCGUCCGACGCGCUCGACAAGAUCCGAUUCGCCUCGCUAACCGACAAAUCCGUGCUCGAGUCGCAGCCGGAGCUGUUCAUCCGCAUCAUGCCGGACAAGACAAACAAGACCCUCAGCAUCAUUGACAGCGGCGUGGGGAUGACGAAAGCCGAUUUGGUCAACAACCUCGGGACGAUCGCGCGCUCCGGGACGAAGGAAUUCAUGGAAGCGCUGGAAUCUGGUAGCGGCGACGUCAGCAUGAUUGGGCAGUUCGGCGUGGGUUUCUACGCGGCGUAUCUGGUUGCGGAUAAGGUAGUGGUAACCAGCAAGCAUAACGACGACGAGCAGUACGUUUGGGAGUCCCAGGCUGGCGGUUCGUUCACGAUUCGUCGCGACGCGGACGGAGAGAGGCUGGGACGCGGCACGAAGAUCACGCUGCAUCUGAAGGACGACCAGCAGGAGUAUUUGGAGGAGCGGCGGAUUAAGGACGUAGUUAAGAGGCACUCGGAGUUUAUCAACUAUCCCAUUAACCUGUGGACGGAGAAAACAGUGAAUAAGGAGAUCGAAGAGGACGAGGACGACGAGGAGGAGGCGCUCGAAGCUACCAAGGAAGAGGAGGAGGGGAAGAUGGAGGAGGUUGAGGAUGAGGAGGGGAGCAGCAAGGGCGAAAAGAACAACAAGAAGACGAAAAAGACGAAGAAGGUGAAGGAGGUGACACACGAAUGGCAACAGCUGAACAAACAAAAGCCGAUCUGGUUGCGCAAUCCCGAGGAGGUCACAAAGGAGGAAUACGCCGCGUUUUACAAGAGCUUCACGAACGACUGGGAGGAGCAUCUGGCCGUGAAGCACUUUUCCGUGGAGGGUCAGCUGGAGUUUAAAGCCCUGCUCUUCGUGCCGAAGCGCGCGCCGUUCGACCUGUUCGAAGGACGGCAGAAGAAACUGCGAAACGUGAAGCUGUACGUGCGGCGCGUGUUCAUCUCGGACGAUUGCGAGGAGCUCAUGCCGGAAUACCUCUCCUUCGUGAAGGGCGUGGUUGACUCGGAAGACUUGCCUCUCAAUGUCUCCCGGGAGAUGCUCCAGCAGAACAAGAUCCUCAAGGUCAUCCGGAAGAACCUCGUUAAGAAGUGCCUCGAGAUGUUUACAGAGAUUGCUGAGAACAAGGACGACUAUAACAAGUUUUACGAGGCGUUCAGCAAGAGCAUCAAGCUGGGGGUGUACGAGGACUCUCAGAACCGCGCGAAACUCUCAGAGCUCCUCCGAUUCCACUCCACCAAAUCCGGCGACGAAGCCACCAGUCUAAAGGACUACGUUACCCGCAUGAAAGAAGGGCAGAGCAGCAUUUACUACAUCACGGGCGAGAGCAGGCGAGCCGUGGAGAACUCUCCGUUCCUGGAGAAGCUGAAAAAGAGGGGGCUGGAGGUACUAUUCAUGGUGGAUCCGAUCGAUGAGUAUGUGGUGCAGCAGCUCAAGGACUUUGAUGGCAAGAAGCUGGUCUCCGCCACCAAGGAAGGGUUGAAGCUGGAUGAGCCCGAGGAGGAGAAGAAGAAAUUCGAGGAGCUGAAGAAGGAGUUCACCGACACAUGCAAGGCGAUGAAAGACAUGCUGGGCGACAAGGUCGAGAAGGUGACUGUAGGCGAGCGCAUCGUGGAGUCCCCUUGCGUUUUAGUCACGGGCGAGUACGGCUGGACCGCCAACAUGGAACGCAUCAUGCGAGCGCAGGCUUUAAGGGACAACUCCAUGUCGCAGUACAUGACCAGCCGGAAAACCAUGGAGAUUAACCCUCACAACAGCGUUAUUCAGGAGCUCAAGAGGAGGAUUGAGGCAGAUAAAACUGACAAGACUGUGCGGGAUUUGGUGUUCCUGCUGUUUGAAACCGCUCUGCUGACCUCGGGAUUCUCCCUUGAUGAGCCGCAGGCACUGGCUGGACGGGUGCACAGGAUGAUCAGUCUUGGACUGAGCAUUGAUGAGAAUAUGGAUGAGGAGGUUGGGGAGGAGGAGGCAGGGGAGGUGGAGGGGGAGAGCAGGAUGGAGGAGGUGGAUUAG